ACUGGAAUGUGUUGAAAGGGAAAUUUUUAUCUAUACUGGAAAAUUUACAAUUUUUUCGAUUUUAAACUCAAGUACAAAUUUUCAGUACCCAAACUGUCAAAUUGUACUGUGCCGUGAUUUCAGUUUCCUUGAAGAAAAAGAGUUAGCAAAUUGAAAAUGGCCAGUAUUGCUUCUAAAGGAUCUGGUUUGGUAAACCAGCUUAUGGUCCAAGCUAGACCACAGUUGGACGUUUUCUUGAAAUACGCCAAAGUGGAGCUAACACCACCAACUCCUGCUGACAUCCCAGCUAUUCGCCAAGGAAUUAGCCGACUCAUCACCGGUGCUCGCACUGGUGCAUGGAAAAAUGUUACUGUCCGCGAAGGAUGGUUGAACACUUUGGUGACAAUGGAAGUAUGUUUUUGGUUUUAUGUUGGUGAAUGCAUCGGAAAGCGUCACAUUGUUGGAUACGAUGUUUAAAUUAGUGCUUUCGUAAGCCAUUUCGUUAAUUUGUAACUCUCAGCAUCCCAUUGUUGGGAUGAUUUUUUCCAUGAAAAGAAACAAUAAAGAUAUAAAUUAAACAAA